CACCAGGCUGUGGUUAACUGACCUUGUGGAGCUGAGCCUCUCUUCUUGUGCUGUUGACCGGUCUUCACUUUGUUUCAAACCCGAGUUACUUUGGAAUCAGAAGGAAAUAUUGGUGAUCUUGGUAGAUCAAUCAGAGAAAGGGAGUAGAGUUACAGUGACUGGUUGUAUCAGAUUUCGAAUUGGGACUGGAAAAAUCGGGAGAGAAAUGAAUAAAUCCUUCAAGAGUUUUCCGAGUCCCGAUUUACUCUGUGGGAGACCAGAUAGAGAGUCCUCAUACUAUCCACAUUUUAUGCUGCUGAUAUUUUGCAUCAUUUUUGUGUCAGGAAUGUUGAGGGUUAUAUUAAAGAAUUAUGAACCAGCUAUCCUGACAAUUCUUUCUCUUUUGGGACUUGGCAUAGGACUCCUGGGCCGUGAAUUUAAACAGAUGCAACUACUUAUACACCCUCUCAUAACAACAAAUAAUUAUAUAUUCUUAAAUACUUUCAUACCGAUAAUGAUCUUUAUGGCUGCUUUAGAAAUGGAUUUUUAUAUACUCAAGCACAUGUUUUGGCAGAUCUUAAUAACUGGAGCUAUAAGCAUUGUUGUAGCUUUCUUUUUAAUUGGAUACAUUGUUAUAAAAUUCAAUCAGUACAAAUGGGAUAUUCAAUCUUCCCUACUCUUUAGUAUUACUCUUGGCAUCGCAGAUCCUCUUCAGUCCGUGAAUCCCUUGAAAAAUACGGGUGUUUCCAAAAUAUUAAUUGAUAUUAUUAGAGGAGAAUCAUUGAUCAGCUGUGGUUUCAGUAUUGUAAUUUUAGGGUCUUUUAGAAAUUUUGGAAAAUGGAAUUUACCUCUUAAAGAGUUAUACACAGUAGGAAUUAUGUGUAUAGACAUUUUGGGAAGUAUUAUAUUGGGAUACUUGAGUGCCAAAAUCUCCCAAUACAUGCUGACAGAUAUAUUUGGUGAUACAGUAACUAAUGUCAUUCUUUGCUUCUCAAUGGUUUACUUGACUUUCUAUGCUGGUGAAUAUCUGGGACUUUCAGGCAUUGUUGCUGUCAUUGUUCUCGGGAUCCUUUUAGAUUCCUUAAGCUUUAGGCCAGGGAUUGAUGUCACAAUUUCUAAGUUCUUAGUCAUGCUGUCAUUUUCAUGCCAAUCUUUCAUAUUUACUUUUAUUGGCAUUGUGAUUGGAUGUGAAGAUAUUAGGCAAUUGGAUUUUCACAGCUUCAUUUUCACCAUACUAUUAUUUAUAACAGUGAAUGUUACAAGGAUAAUAACUAUUCUGCUAGUAAGCCCUAUGCUACUACAUUCUUGUUGUGAAUUCAGUUGGAAGUGGGGAAUUGUUAUGCUCUGGUCCAGCAUUAAGGGAUCUUUCAAUUUAAUCCUGUCUCCAGAUAUCCCUAAUUUGCAUGAAGAAAAAGUACCAUUACCACAAAUGUAUCCAAUCUUUGUACUAGCUGUAUCUAUACUGAGUAUGAUAAUAAAUUCAUACAUGAUGAUUCAUACAUCGAUGACAUUAGAUCUUUGUGCUAUUUCUCUCCCAAGACAAAUGUCAAUGCAAAAUGCUAUUCUACAUAUACAAGAGGUGUUGGAUAAUGCAAUUAUAUUAUCUAAAACAGAAAACAUUUUGACAAAUAUUAUUUGGUCCACAGUAGAAGACAAAACCAAAAUUGAAUGCCCUACUGUUAUGUUAGGUGAUUUUCCUUUAGAAAAUCUUGACCUACCUCCAACAGAUGAAGUUUUAAUGGAAGAGGCCAGAUUGCAUGUAACUAUAAUACAGAUGAGUAGUUUUGAAACACAGUAUAAAGAAGGAAGCCUCUCGGAAUCUGCAGCCCGUGUAUUAAUUGGAGCAUCCAAAAGUUUUGGGACUGUCCAAGGAAAAUUCAUGAGUAUUUAUGAUGUCUCAUCUUACGUAAAGACUAGAAGCUGGCUUAUGAACCUUAAAAAAUUGUUAGUUUUUUUGACAUUUAAUAAAGACAAGAUACAUUUUCUCCCAUCUGGGAAGUCUAAAUUUAGGUGUUUUAUAUAUGAUAUUGUAUUUUCAGACGAGUUUCAAUAUACAGGAUAUAUUGUCACAUUAUUAUACAUCUAUCCCAUGACAAUACAUCUAUGGCCAGCUCUAAGAGAUUUCUAUGUGAUUGGAUUAAUAAUAGUGAACUACUAUUAUAUUUUAUUGAGCAUAAUAGAAGCAACACUAAAGAUAAUAAUUAUGAAAAAUAAAUAUUUUCAUCACAGUUGGAACCAUCUGGAAUUUUACAUUAUCAUUUUUGGACUCAUCGAUAUCAUUUUCAUACACUUAAUCAGACAGAAGCCAAGAGAUAUAGUCCUUAUUCAGUGUUCAGUAAUAUUAGGAUAUUUAAGAAUAAUAAGAUUUUUUCGUAUUUUUAAGAUGAUGCUACCAUUGCUGAUUUAUUUAACUGAGGAACAGAUCAAAAAACAUCUUAGCUUGAUGUAUUGUAUUACAAAGGGAUAUAUCCAAAGUCAAGAGGAUACAAAACUCUUAAUUAAACAGAUUUCCACUAGAGAAUCCAUAUUUCAGAAACUUUAUGAAAUUUUGGACAUGAAUAUGAAUGAUGCUGUCAAAGAGCUUGGCCUAUUAGAACAUGAGUGCCGUGAAGUUGUCAUUGCCUUAAAAACCAAACAAGCCAUCAGAAAUGUGCUGGGUAAGGCACUGAAAAAUCUCAGAUUCCUUUGGUCGAGGGGCAUAAUUGAUAAAACUGAAGGAAGCAAGAUGAACAAGCUAUUUCUUGCCAAAAUAAAAUCACUGAACAACUUUCCAAUGACAAUCCCUCCCCCUACUCCUGAGAAGUUUCUCCACAAUAUUGUUUGGCUGGAGAAUAAAGAUGUUCUCAUUGAAUUCUUUAAGGAAAAAGCCCAACUUGCAUGUUUUGACUAUGGAGAGGUCAUAUGUAAAGAGGGUGAUAUGCCGCAAGGAAUUUACUUGAUUAUUUCAGGAAUGUCAAGUCUAAAUGGCUCACUUCUUCACUUUGGAAUUCAUCCUAAGCUGAGAGAAAAAGCAAAUUUAUCCAAAACAUAUACUGAAUACAUCACGAGUGGAGAUAUAAUAGGAGAGUUGAGUUGUCUGCUUAAAAGAGAAAUGGGUUAUACAGCCACCUGUGAAACCACUUUGCAGGCCUGUUUUAUCAGCCUAGAAGACUUAUAUGAAAGUCUUGAUGUAUUCUGGUCAUUCUUAGAAGAAAAAAUGUGGCUGAACGUUGCACUCAACAUAGCAAACCAAUAUAUAAAAGCAGGCAUAAUGGGUGAGGAAUUAACAUAUCAGAAGUAUUUAGAAGAAAAUAAUGUGUACAUGGAAAAUUUAUCAAUCUAUAGUGAACUGUCUAUUUACGAUAAUACUAUGCAAUAUGUUCUCAUUGUAUUUGGAAGUGUGAAUAAUGUUGCUACGGAGGAACCAUAUUUUGCCCCCAGCUUAAUACCUCCAACAUGUUUUCAGAUUCAAGGUACAUCCGAUAUAAACAAAUUGCUGAUUGUACGAAAAGAAGAUGAUUCUUUGCAAAAUGAAUGUUUAGAGAAGGAGUGCUUUGAUUCCAGGAAACCCACAAAUGUCACCAGAAAUUUGGCGAGUCAGAGCCCUUUGUUAAAAAAAAGUACAAUGCUGGGCUUGAAGUCUUUUUCAAAGAAACCUUCUUUAUAAUCGCUUAUUGCGGCUGGCUAAAGACCAUGGACCACAUUCAAAGGCUCAAAAGUUUCUCAAGAUGUUUUCGUAGAAUUUGCCUGAAAUCAAACACUGUUGUAUCUGUUUGGUCAAGAUGGAGGCAACAUGAACUGCUUCAGGAGUUGUGCUUUAAAGAUCCAGCACCAAAUAUGAACUAUAAAUAGAAUUCUAUAAGGUAACGAAUUCUAGCAAUCCAGUCAGCAUUUAUAUUAAAUGAAACUUGAGUGUUAUCAAAUGAGGUGUACCUACUAGAAAGAUAACAGCUGUGGCAGAAUGUCAUAAUCAAAUUUAGUUAAUAAUAUUAUUUAGUAAUGAGAAGGGGCUAAGACAUUGAAUGCUGGACUCACUGUUGUCAAUAUCUUCAUUUUCUAGCAUUAGUUCCUUGUUUGUUUUUUUCUUAAUUUAGUAAAAGUAGAAGAAUGGAAUUUUUUCUAACAUUGCAUUAGCUUCUAAAUGCAAUUUUAAGGAGAUAAAUUGUUUGCAUAUUCAGGUUUUCUUUUUUUUUUUAAUAUUUUUAACAGGAACUUUAAAAAAUUUCUUGAGUAAAACCAAUUUAAAAACAGACUUGUUUAG